AUGAAACCGGCGGGCGGCCGCGGCGGCUGGGGCUGGGGUGGCGGCAAGGGAGGCGGCAAAGGAGGUGACGCGGGCUCGGGGGGCAAAGGAGGCUUCGGGGCGCGCACGCGCGGCUUCAGCGGCGGCGGCCGGGGCCGGGGGCGCGGCGGCGGCGGCGGUGGCGGCGGCGACAGCAGGGACCGCGGCGGAGGCGGGCAGCGGCGCGGCGGCCCGGCCAGGAACAAGAGCCGCCGCAGGAAGGGCAUCACCGUGUCGGUGGAGCCGCAUCGGCACGAGGGCGUGUUCAUCUACCGCGGUGCCGAGGACGCGCUGGUCACCCUGAACAUGGUGCCGGGCGUCUCGGUGUACGGGGAGAAGCGCGUCACGGUGGUGGAGAAUGGCGAGAAGCAGGAGUACCGCACGUGGAACCCCUUCCGCUCCAAACUGGCCGCCGCCAUCCUGGGCGGCGUGGACCAGAUUCACAUCAAGCCCAAGUCCAAAGUGUUGUACCUGGGCGCCGCCUCGGGAACCACGGUCUCUCACGUCUCCGACAUCAUCGGGCCCGACGGCCUGGUCUAUGCGGUUGAGUUUUCCCACCGCGCUGGCCGCGAUCUGGUCAACGUAGCCAAGAAACGCACCAACAUCAUCCCGGUACUGGAAGAUGCCCGGCACCCGCUCAAGUACCGCAUGCUCAUCGGAAUGGUGGACGUGAUCUUCGCCGACGUAGCCCAGCCAGACCAGUCCCGCAUCGUGGCGCUGAACGCCCACACCUUUCUGCGCAACGGAGGCCACUUUCUCAUUUCCAUCAAGGCCAACUGCAUCGACUCCACAGCGUCUGCGGAAGCUGUGUUUGCUUCCGAGGUGAGGAAGCUGCAACAGGAGAACUUGAAACCUCAGGAGCAGCUAACGCUGGAGCCCUACGAGAGGGACCACGCUGUGGUCAUCGGGGUCUACCGGCCCCCUCCCAAGAGCAGCAGCAAGUAG